AUGCCCCCACCAACCCCCAUCCACGCCCUCUCCACCCUCGAGGCGCAAAUCAACGUCCUGCCGUCGGGAAAACCGCGCCGCCCGCCAAUCAAACUAGGAGACUGCGCGCUCAAGGAGCUCGUGCAGUAUAAAUGCAAUAUCGUCGAGCCGGAGGUUCGAGGUGAGAAAGUAGCUGAGAAGGGGAAGGGCGUUGUUGUUUGUGAGCCGGUUGUGCGGUUGUUGAGACAAUGUGCGGGGGGCGUGAGUGUGGAGACGACGGCAUGGGAGGGGCGGAGGGAGAAGGCGAAGAUGGAGGGGUGA